UCGUAUAUACAUCUAUGUAUGUGUAUGUGGUGCGGGCGAGCAGCAAACACCGUCGCCGUCGCGCGUUCUCUUGGCAGGGGACACCAGCCCGCACUUUAUUUGCCAAUUACGGCGCCGAUGCGCGGUGCGGAGCGUUAAAUGUGCGUGCAGGAUGUCGAACCCGGGCGGUAGCAGGAGGAACGGGGCUAUGAAGAUCCGUCUGACGAUUUUAUGUGCCCGUAAUCUCGCUAGGAAGGAUUUAUUUCGUUUACCCGACCCUUUCGCUAAAAUAACUGUCGAAGGUUCUGGACAGUGUCACAGUACAGACACCUGCAAAGCCACCCUUGAUCCUAAGUGGAAUCAACACUAUGACUUAUAUAUCGGAAAGAACGACGGAAUCACCAUAUCCGUGUGGAAUUAUAGAAAAUUCCAUAAGAAACAGAACGGAGGGUUUCUAGGAUGCGUACGCAUAUUAUCAAAUACUAUCCAAAGACUCAAGGAUACUGGAUAUCAACGUUUAGACUUAUGCAAAGCUCACUCUGAUGACACGGAUGUUGUAAAAGGGCAAAUUGUCGUAUCCCUUAUGUCACGGGAUGGUCAUAACGGCGCAGUGAGUAAUACUGUCGGCCAUAAUGCCGUGGUCGACGUGCUCGGAGAUCUGAGCUGCCCGAAUGAUCUACCGGACGGUUGGGAGGAAAGGAGAACGGAAAGUGGUCGACUUUACUACGUAAAUCAUCACACGAAGAGCACGCAAUGGAUCCGUCCGAACGCACGGCCUAACAAUGCUAUUAUACCGACGACACCGGAACCACCGCCGUUGUCGUCGUCGGAGCCUACAUCGCCCAGCAGUAGCGCAAGCUCGCCGAACGUAAGAAACGAAGAGAGUCCUGCGAGACACACGUCGCCCGAAUGGACUGGCGGAGACAGCACCCUGAGUCAAACACCCAGUCGGGACAAUUCGACGCAAAACACUCCGAGAAAUACCCCGACACAACAGCAACAGCAACAGACUCGCAAUCAGCAGCAAAACGUAAGAAACGCGCCGACGUCGGCAUCGUCUCUGAGAGAGCGACGCGUCGUUAGAGGAAUCGAUGAACAAAAUGGCAAUCAAAACGGAAGGAUAGAACGUGGCCUUAACAACGGGGGCCAAAUUCGAAGACCUAAUCGCGGUAACAGGAACAGAAAUAGCAUCAUGUCGAAUAGCGACAGACGAACCGAUCCGCCGCAGCCGCCGGAUCUACCUCGUGGUUACGAAAUGAGGAAAACUCAACAAGGCCAAGUAUAUUUCUAUCACGUACCGACUGGAUCUUCCACUUGGCAUGACCCGAGGAUUCCGCGCGACUUGCAAGCUAACGAAUUGACGAACGAGCUUGGUCCGCUUCCCAGCGGAUGGGAAAUGAGGCAGACCCAAAGCGGACGGGUAUAUUUCGUGGAUCACAAUAACAGGACAACGCAGUUCACCGAUCCCAGGCUGUCCAGUCAAAUAAUAAGCAAUCUGCUCAAUAGGAGGCAAAAUAACAACACGAACAAUCAAACCGCGAACAAUGCAAACAAUUCGUUGACGAGCGAGGCCGCUGAGCCGGAUACAAUGAAUUCAUCGAUGGUUCAACCUAGUACGCCGCAGCAGCCAACGAGAAGUGAAAAUGGAAGUAACAACAAUUCUCCCACGAUGGAAAACGCUCCGUCCCAAAAUGCUCAAACAGUGUCGGAACUACCGAAGGAGCUCAUGGACAACGAGCUCCUUCCGAAAUACAAACGUGAUUUAGUAGCAAAGUUGAAAUGCCUUCGAGCGGAACUGAAUGCCCUUCAGCCUCAGAGUGGACACUGUAGAUUGGAGGUAUCGAGAAACGAAAUAUUCGAGGAAUCGUACAGAAUGAUAAUGAAAAUGCGUCCGAAAGAUAUGCGCAAAAGGCUCAUGGUCAAAUUCCGCGGCGAGGAAGGUCUUGAUUACGGCGGUGUCGCACGCGAAUGGUUAUAUUUAUUAUCUCAUGAAAUGCUAAACCCGCAAUACGGACUCUUCCAGUAUUCGAGAGACGAUAAUUAUACACUGCAAAUUAACCCGGAUUCAGGCAUAAAUCCAGAGCACUUGUCGUAUUUUCAUUUUGCCGGAAGGAUUAUAGGCAUCGCCGUUUUUCACGGUCAUCACGUUGACGGUGGAUUCACGACUCCAUUCUAUAAAAUGUUGCUCAAUAAAGCUAUAACUUUGAGCGAUAUAGAAGGAGUCGAUCCAGAACUGCACAGAAGCCUUACGUGGAUGCUGGAAAAUAGCAUAGACGGCGUGUUGGAUGCUACCUUUUCCGUAGAACACAGUAGCUUCGGCGUAUUGAAGAAUCAUGAACUAAAGCCAGGUGGCAAAGACAUUCCUGUGACGGAAGAAAACAAGAAAGAAUACGUCCGCUUAUACGUAAACUAUCGAUUUAUGCGCGGUAUCGAGCAACAGUUCUUAGCGUUGCAGAAAGGAUUUCACGAAUUGAUACCACCCCUGUUACUGAGACCGUUCGACGAGCGCGAAUUGGAGUUAGUUAUUGGCGGUUUGGGUACCAUUGACAUAAACGAUUGGAAGAUGCAUACUCGGCUUAAGCACUGCACGCCCGACACACCGGUUGUGCAAUGGUUCUGGCAGAUAGUGGAAUCGUAUGGUGAGGAAAUGAGGGCGAGAUUGCUUCAGUUCGUCACCGGCAGCUCUAGAGUUCCGUUACAAGGAUUCAAGGCUUUGCAAGGAUCGACAGGAGCCGCCGGUCCACGACUCUUCACGAUCCACGCCGUUGAUGCUCCUAGCGAGAAUCUACCAAAAGCGCAUACUUGUUUCAAUAGAAUAGACAUACCGCAAAGCUACCCGACUUAUCAAAAGAUGCUUGACAAGCUUACGCAAGCGGUUGAGGAGACUUGUGGCUUUGCUGUCGAGUAAUAUGGUACGAUUAUUGCACGAUUUUUAUUACGCUAAUACACAUUUCGGCAAUUAUGAAUUCUCAUAGAGUUUUAUAAAUAUCGUUAAUAAAAGAAAUUAUUUAUUUUCAAUACAAAACAGCAAGAAGAAGUAAGGAAGAAGGAAAAUUCAGUAAGUCUUGUAGAAAAAAUUAAUAUGCGAACAUUUUUUCGUAUAUACAAAUAUCUAAAUGGCCUUGCAAUUAUGAACUUUGCAUAUCUUGCAUAUCCCACGACAUAUCCCAGUUUAAACAUAAAUUUGAUUAACAAUUCUUAGGGAACUAGUUAUAUCUUUAAACAUUUCGGCCUUUAAAUAUUUAUUACGCGAUUAAGUAAUUCAAUUUACAAGGAUUAUUAUUCUUUUCUCCAGUAAAGAUUUUAAUCAAUCUGUUUUCUACGUUUACUUAUGCACAUACACGUUCGUCAAAGUUCUUAUCGAUUCACAUAUUUUUAUCUAGUAAAAUCACUAAUUUCGUUUAAUUCGUUGAAGUUAGCUUUAUUAUUUUAAUUAUAAUAUAAAUAUAAGAUAAAUCAUGCACAACUAUUUCUGGAAGAAAAUCUUCCAAAAGUUAUGAUUAUUACUAUAUGAUGUUUUCAUAUUGUACAGAUUUUUUUUAUUAAAACACAAAACACGUAGUACCAACAUGAAAGAAUCUCAAAGUUAUGAAUGUAGCAAUAUAUGACAUAAGAAAUCAAUUCGCAUUUGGAAGUUUUCAAUUUCACUUUAAAGAGUUUUAAAGCAAGUAUCGUAACAUCGCACAGUCAAUUAAUUCCAUAUCAAUUACCGAUUGGAUAAUAAGAUUUAGUAUCAGGAGCGAGAAGCGUGCAUAUAAAAUUCGCUCAUUCAUAAAGGCAAAUAUCAGGUAGACACAAUGCUGGAAAUCUAGUAUUUAAAUAUGUAUUAUUGAGUCUUGCUGUCCUAGGGAAGAUGCAGAAAAGAGAGUUUGUACAUAUGUAUAAUUCUGAACGCAAGUGUUAAACGAAAAUUGUUAUAAUUUAUAAAGAGUAUAAGGACAAUAAAAGAUAAAGAUAAUAUUGCUAUUAAAUAUCUUUAAGUAUCUUUUCAAUUAAACAUCGAAUCUUUACUUUAGAAUAACAAAUAAAAUAUAUAUUACAGCAAAAAAUGUAAACUAAUAUAUAUUUUUAAUAUAUUGUAUUUUUUUGAUAAUUUCCUAUCGAUAUAUGCUCGUUAUUCUCAUGAAAAUAACUAAUACUUUGAAAACGAUUAAUGUUUUAUUCUUCGAGAUUGUAACACUUUCGUUCGGAGCUGUUGUGACGCAAUCGGCAAAACUUUAUUGCUGUGCAACCUGUGCGACAAAGAGAUCAUUGUUGCUUGUUAAGAGUUAAUAUCACCGAGUGCGUUAGUAAGAUGUAAAUAAUUUAUUAGAGAUUAAUAUAAUAGAAUAAUAUUAUUGUAAUAUCAUUUCACGUGUAGACCGGAGUGAUCGGCACGCGCUGAUUUUAACAUUGACAAUUAAAAUCGUGUGUACAUUAGCUUUAAUUUAGAGCACACUCUCUUAUUUAAGGAAGGAGUUCAUUCGACGGGUUUACGUAAGCUUAAAAUGUUUCGAUCGAACUGACUCUUUUGUUUGAGAACUUCACGAAACAUGACUAUAUCUUACUAAACUAUUUCUUUUUUAGUAAGAUAUAGCGCUACUUUUUUUUUAUUUAUCUCACGAAGCUUUCAUUUAGUUCAGCAUGUGACGCUGUUGUAAAAAUAUCUAAUGCAUGGAUCAUUGUUUUUUGUAUAAUUAUUAUUGCAUUAUUAUAUUUGUAUUAUGCACAAAACUGUGAUGAAACAUAUCGUAGAUGAAAUGCCAGUGAAAAGGGCACCUAACGUCUCAUUUUUCGACUCUAGAGAAUUGGUGCAUAAUUUUACGUUCACUUUAUACACACGAGAGAUAUUAUUAAAAUCAAUAUAUAUAUAUAUAUAUAUAUGUUUUAUUAAAUCUUUUUCGAAAGAAAGCGUUUCCACUCUGUUCAAGUUACGCGAAGUAUCAUCCGUUUUCAGCGUCUGAAGCUCGGUCUGAAUACUGAGCGCGUUGCUAUAACGGGAAACGUAGCUAUUAUGACUCAAGUAGGAUAAUGAAUACAACUGUUAGCGUUGAGCUAAUGUUAUCAUUCGCGUAAACAGACACUUCUAGCGACGUCUAUAUCUAUUGCCUUAAUUUCAAAUGUACGCGAACUUUUGUAUACAAUUACUUCACGGUACGCAACCAAUGCCUCGACUAUUCUAUGAGCGACGUAAUAUAUGCUAAAGUGAACCUGGAGUGUAUAAUUACGCCACAAAUAUGAUGUAAUUAAGGAGAGAAACUAUUUUCGGUAUCUAAAGAUCGCGAUUAACAUCAAGGCAAUUAAAAAGAAGUUGCCCAAGGAAAGUUUCAGUGAGAUUUUAUUUAUUCAUUGAGUUCUUAAUUAACAAUGAAGAAUAAUAAAGUUUUACUUUUACAUUUUUUAAAAUUUUGUUUUUGUAUCAAAUUUGUUUUCUUUAUAUAUUCAACACACAGUCCUAUUACAAGUGUUAAUAUAUCUUUAUUUUUUCUAAUUUUCUCACUUUCUGCAAUAGUUAUCUUGUCGAUAUAGCAAUAAAGGCCUUAAAAGUGCCUUGUGGUUGACGUUACUGAUACUGCAAAAAUAUAUUCAUAAUAUUUUCAGAAAUAAUGUAAAUUUUAUCCUCCUUUCUCAAAACUAUAUCUCAAUAGAUGCACACACGCAUAUAUAUAUAUAUAUAUAUAUAUAUAUAUAUAUAUAUAUGUAUACAUAUAUAACAUGUUACAAUUGUCAAUUUAUACUACAGCGAUUAUAUCAUUUGUUAGUGGUUAUAAAAUGACAGAGUAAUAAUAAGAUCAUGGUUCAAGUAAAAAGCAGUCAAAGAAAUAUCCUGAAAAAUUAAUCCAUUUUAUCUGAAAGAGAUUUUAUAUAAUUACGUUUUCGACUAAAUUAUUGUGCAUAAUUUAUAACGUUUGAAUUAUUUAUUACAAUGUUAAUUUUUUUUUUUCAAAAAUAAGUCGCAUUUUUUAUUGAUUUCAGCAUUGAGGAUUAAAUAUAUUAUCAGAAUAUUUCUUGUAUAUACUCAUAUACUUUACGAAUGAUAAUUAAUUUAAUAGCUGGUUUAUUUAGAGUAAAUUUCCAUCUAAUAAAAAUUAUAACGUUAUUUGACGGAAGGAUUACUCUGUUAUAUAUUGAAUAUGUAUACGGAAAAUAUAAUUUUGUAGAAGUAUCUACAAAUUUAGUUAGAUACAGAUGUAAAAGUAAUUUUGUUGGAUUAAAAUAAUUAUAAAGUUCAAACAUGAUGAGCAAUGUUGUAAAAAAUUUUGACAUUUAAACAACCAGCUUGAGCAUUUUACACAAUUAUGUGGGUUUAACAAAAUUAUUUCCAGAUCUGUAUCCAACUAAAUUUUUCGUUUCUUUAGCAAAACUAUUGUUUCCGUGUAGUAAAAAAAAAUAGAUGAAUUAUACGAGAGUAAAAGGAGAGAUAAAGAAAAAAAAUCGAGAAUGACAAUAUUUAGGAGAUUCACACAAAAUAUGUACAAAAGAAUAUAUCGCAUACUACACAUUGCACAAAAUAAUCUUGCUCGUAAGAGGGGUAAUUGUGAAAAGUUUGCAAAUUAGCAAGAAUGCGCAAAAUAAAAUUUAAAAAUUCGCAGUUUGGCUUAUUCUGAAUUAUCAAGUGACUUGAAUCGCUCUUUAACUUUUUAUUGAUUUACUUUGCUGAUUGUACAAGUUUUUCAGAAUAAACUGAAAGAAGGAUUGUGCACGCAAAGUGAUGUUGCAUAUGGAAAUAAUAUUGUUUUGUUGAAUGUACAUAUCUAUGUUGAAACUUUGCAAUCUAUACAACGAUAUCGGUUAAGAAUUUAAAAAAUAUGAGAAAAGUAGAAAAUAAUAUGCGACUUCGCAAUAAAUUGAAGAGACUGUUUUUUUCUCUAAUAUAGACUUUGUUCACAUCAAAGUAUCUGUUGGUUCUUGGAGAAAUUUGUUUCUUUUCUACUUUUAUGAAUAAAUGAGUUUCAAUUAAUCGAUUUAAUAUGAAUACAAAAAAAAGAGAGUUAUGAUGAAAAAAGUGACAAGAAAUUAGCACUCGUUUUCAUGAACAAAGAUUCAUUUAACAGUUCUAUUAUUUCUACAUUUUAACAGUUUUAAAUUGCGAAUUUUUGCAAAUUAUAAAUUAAUAUAUAUGUAACUUAAUUCGUCGUUUAUAUUAAGUUAUAAAUGAUAUAAUUGCCUCCUUCGUAAUUUGUAAUUAUGUGAGAUUAUGCGUACUAUUAUAUUACUGCGGAUGUAUUAUUAUUAUUAUCAGCUAAUAUCACAUUUGUUACUAUCAUCAUUUAUUGCGCAAACCCUUCAGGAAACAAGUGUAUAUAACUUUUCCUUUUGUAUUCUGGACGAAAUGUAUAUUUUAAUAAAAUAUCCAAAGUAUGGACUCUUCUAAUGUUAA